AUGGUCGCCGUUCUAUCAAGUCUCCGCCCAGAGCUCAGACCGAACGGUUCCCACAGAAUACAGGGCCGACUGAGACGCGGAAUUGAUUGGGAUAGGGUCGUCGCAGGCGGAGAGUCUGGGAUUGAUGAAAAGCAGGCACUAGACCACAGACCACAGACACGCCGAGCAGAAGAGUGGACCGAAUCCCGGCGCCCCUCUGGCCGUCCGGCGGCAGUCUGCGACAUGGCGAGUUUCAACCUGGAGCUAUUCUGGCUCCAACUCCGCCCUGCCAAGAAAUGCCAUUGUUGCAAGUCCGCCGGAAGUGGCUUGUUUAGGUUAUGUCAGUCGUUGAAGAUAGAGGAAUCCGUUCAAUUUGGAUUGAAUGAAGAGAAGGCAUUCAAAGCCGGGGUGAAGAACUGCCAUCCAACCAUUGUUACAGAGGCCGCAUUGGACUUGGUCUUGGCAAAGACAUUACGAAGUAGAGUCAAGCUUCCCAUGAUUGAUUCGUUCACCUUCUCAGCUUUGAUUAAUAGUACUCCCCUUAAAGAGGCUAAUAAGCAACAGCCCUGUAUUGAUUGGAUGCAGCCAGCUUCUGCUGACCCUAAGGGUCCACGCGCCACAUGCAGGGACCGCUAUUGCCUCUUGAAGCGCCCGACUUGUCCAGUGGGACCCCUAUCCAAGUUGCACCGUUGGGGUCUUCAAUCCGAAACACACCCAUUGGCGGAGUUCGCUAUCCACAUGUACCAGCGACCAACCAAGCUUUUUUCUACGACGGCCAUCGAUGAUAUAAACGGUCGUCUUGUCCUAGCUGCGAACCUCCUUGGGACCGUGGCUAUUCGCCUAAGCAUACUUGAAUACUGA